UUUUGAUAAUACGAAUUAAAAUAAUAUUAUUUAUUAAUUAUUAUGUUUUAUAAUUUAUAAACUUUAACAUCUAGUAAGUCUACUCUAUGUCUUCAACUACAUCACUAAGGCUUAAUAUAGUUUUAAAUUUUCAUUUCGAUAAGAUAACUGUUGAAAGUUUUCUUGUAUUGGUAAAUUAAAGACUCACUGACAUAACUUAGGUAAAUAUAAAGCAUAAGAACUAAGAAAUGGAAUCGUUGAUUCUGGAAGAUUUAAAAGAUUUGGGAAGAACUAUUUCUGCUCAAGAAUUUGAGGAAGCCAUUAUUGGUGGUGCAAAAUCUAUAACGUAUACGAAACUUGUUGAAUGGAUUACCAAAGAAAUUCAGACCUUAUCAUUAUUAGAUGAAUAUGUAAAUUCUUAUACCUCUGAAGCUGAUUCUAGUUCAUUCUUAUUAGAAGUUAGUAGCUUCCUGAAGGAAUUAGGAUGUUCCUAUAGUGCUUUAACAACAGGGCAUGUUGGAGAUCGUUUAAACUCCAAAGAAAACAAAUUAUUAUUGUUAGACUAUUUAAUUGGCGAACUAAGAGCAUCUCGAAUUAUAAAAACAAAUAGUGUAAGCAAGAAACCUAAUAUGCAAGUUGCACUAAUUGAAAGUAGUCCUUCCAAAUGUCUGAGAGAAAUAUUAAUUACUUUAAAAUACCCAAAACCUCCAAAUGAUAUUACUACGUCCGUUUUGUUUAGUAAGAUUGUGAAGAAAUUACAAGAGCUCUUAAAAACUAUACCGCCAGAGUUGAUCGGGAAACCGAUAGUACGUAAUUCCUUUAGUAGUAAACAAUGGGAAAUAAUUAACAAUGAAAUUGAACUACUUAAUGAAGACUUUACAAUUCGAAGAACUAUGCUGUUAACCAGGCUCGAUGUAACAGUCCAGUCGUUUCAGUGGCCUGAUCGUUUAAAAAGCAAGAUAGACGAUCUUGAAAAAAUCUACCAAUCUAAAUUAGAUUUAAUAAAAGCUUUACCUAAUUUUACCAUUUCUGAUGUUAUAUCAGCUAGAGAAGAUUUAGCUAUUGUUGAAAAAACAUCGAGUACCUUAGCUAUUCAAAAUACAAACUCGUCUGUAAAUAAAGUAAUCAUUGGUCAGGUGCCCGAUAGGGGAGGUCGACCCAAAGAACAACAAGCUCCGCCUCCAGAAAUGCCAAGUUGGCAGCAAAGAAGUCAAUCACAUAACAAUAGAGGCGGACUACCAAUGAGAGGAGGCCAAGAAAGAGGUCGCCAGCAAAAUAGAGGCGGCCAAGGAAGAGGUCAGCAAAACAGAGACAAUCAGUAUUAUGGAAAUUCAAAUAUAGGCGGUUACCGAAAUGGUAACGGUGUUUACCAAGUGACUGAUGGGUUUCAAUCGAUUAGUGUAGGAGCUAGAGACUCAUUCCAAACUAGUGGUAGUGGUCGUGUACAAGGAGGAUGGAAUAAUAAACCAAGAGAUAAUUAUCAGGACAACAAUUAUCGAGGGCAAAGUACUUAUGCUAAUCAAAAUGUCCAACAAAAUACAGGCUACAGCAAUAAUAGUUAUCAAAGUUCCUCUGCCAGCCGAGGCAGUAGUAAUCAAGACUACUAUAAUAACGACAGAAAUUAUAAUCAAAAUGAUUCUUUUGACAACAGCAGACGAGGAUUUUCAAAAAGGGGUAGAGGUCAUGAUGGACGCACUUAUUACAAUCAACAGAGAAACAACCAAAACUACUAAAAAAUAUAUAUUUAUGUAGUAAAAUAAAUUAAUAAGGUCCAACCUUUAAGAUUAUGUUUAUAAUUUGAACUUUCUUUUGUACUUUUUUUAAAAAAAACUUAAUUUUAUACCUAACUUAAUAAAUCUUACCAAGUCGAAGUAUUUAAAUGUUAAUCUACAUUAAAGAAGAAUCUCUAAAUUAAUUAGGCACUAAACAUUAAUUUAAUAUAUUCAGUAUAAAUAUGAGGUGAAAAACUUGUAAAUUAAUAAUAUAUAUCAUAAAUAUAUAACUCAUUGUACCUAAUAAAUAAAUUAACUAGCGAAUGACUUAAGCUUUUUCUAGAUAAAAACAUCUGUAAUAUUUUCAUGCGAGGUAUUUCACUACAGUUUUUAAUGAGCUAAAAAAUGUAAUUAAACAUGUCAAUCAAUAGAAAUUUUAAUAUAUUCUUUUUUUCUAAAAAAAAAACACAGAA